AUGGCCAUCCAGCAGUGCCAGAUGACUAGCGUCAGGAUUUCCGGGUUGCAUGGGCGCGGCCAUGCUCAAGCUGUACUCUUUACGGUCAACAGCGUUUCUUCUUUCGACAUGCUUCGGCUUGCUUUGGCAGCGCUGGCCCUGCCAUAUCAGACUUUGGCAGAGGAGCUUGAGGCUACUGGCGCCCUUGCCCUGGACGAUGCCUGUGCUUCGGAUGCCUGCGACCUCUCCCUGCGGCAGCUGCGGGGGGAGAGCCGGACGAUCCAUGCCGGCGACAUGAGGGAGGGGCAGAACCUGACGGAGGAUGCUUCGGAAGCUCCCAAGUUCAACUACAACUGGAACUUCGGCUGCACCGGAAAGACGGAUCAAGAGAAGCCCGCCGGCGAUGACCUCACCUUCAACCUCAACUGGAACUUCUGCUUCGACGAGAAGACGCUCGACAAGCUCCACAAGCUCCAGGAGGACGGGGCCUUCGACAAGAAGCCAGGCAACUGCCGGUCUUUUGGCUGCACCAAGAGUUUUGACUUCAUGACGCUGAUGAAUGAGUGCCAGUGCUUUCCUGGAUGUGACAAGACCUUCCUGGGCAACACCUGCUGUCCUGAUUACAAGAGCCAGUGCGAGGCGGGAGAGGCGCAAGAAUCUCAGGCCACCGCGCCCGCGCUGACAAUCUCCGGCUUCACGACGUACGCGAACGCCCACUGCGAGAACUCUCAAGGAGCUCUGGAGCUCUCCAGCUCCCGCGCCUCACCCGCUGGCUGCGCGAAGCGGUGCGAGGGCAACGCCGAGUGCCAGGGCUUCACGAUCUCCGCCCAGAAUUCGUGCACCUUGCUUGCCGGCAUCAACAUUCCAGCCUGCGGCGUCAGCCCUGGCAAGUUCUCCACUUACGUCAGGACGGAGGGCCCGAAGCCCCCGACGUGUUCCAAGUACAUGGCGGAUGUCGGCUGCAAGUGGACCGCUGACUACAGCUGCCCUGAUCAAGUCGGCGGCGCGAAAGGGACCGCAGGCGAUGAUGGCAAGGAAGGCUACAAGUGUUGCUGCGAGCUGGGCUGGUGGAAGUCCACACGUUUGGCUCUGCCGGCCGGGGUGCGGCUGAGAAUUGUCAACAAGUACUCCGAUCGGGCACUCUUCGCGAAGAAGGGCGAUAAUUGGGAGAUGGGCUGCGGGGCUGGCACGCCCAAGAACAAAGUUGGAGAGGAUGGCUACUGGACAUUGGUGCCACAAGGAGAGAACCAGUACCGAAUUGUCAACCAGUUGUCGAACAGGGCUCUCUAUGCGAAGAAGCCACCGGAUUCGAACUGGGAAUGGGGCUGGGGAGCUGGUUCUCCACCCAACAAGGUGUGGAAAGAUGGGAUUUGGACCUUUGUCCCAGCCGGGGAUGGGAGCGUCCGAAUCGUGAAUGUAGAAAGCAACCGCGCCCUGUAUGCCAAGCUGGGCGGCCAUGGGGAGGCGAGUUGGAGUGGCGGCGUGGGAGCCGGCUACCCCCCCAACAAGGCGCCCCUCGUUAGGGUUUAG